CUUUAUAAAAGGAAUAUGACAGAAAGUACAAGCUUGGAUGAACUUUUCAAAGAUCGAUAUUCUCAGAACGAUGAACGAUAUAAGAAAAUGUCUGAAACUGGAUUCGAACCAGUGAUCGUUGUUCAUCCAUGGGAGCCCAGAAGAAAUAAUAACUAUCGAAAUCGCGGAAAUUUCGGCGGAGGACGUGGUGGUGGAUAUCAGCACAGGGACAAUUCAAAUCGAGGCGGUUGGGUUCCACGAGGAGGUGGUCAACGUGGAGGAUAUCGAGGUGGAUGGCAGGAUCGUGGGGGGCAUCGUGGUGGUGGUGGAUGGCAAGAUCGAGGUGGACAGCGACAACCGUAUAGAGGAGGAGAUCGCCGCCGCCAGUACAACGACUAAAAUCAUCGUUUCCUGAAUUUUCCCGAUUUUCAUUAAAAAAAAAUAUUUUAUUAAUUGUCAAUUUUCUACUUUUGACUUUUGUUUAUUAAAAUCCUGUAACUUAUUCGUUUCAAUAAACGUCACAUUU